AUGUUAUUCUUAUCUUUUAUAAUAAUUCAAUAUGUUUUAUUAUUCAAUCUAUUUAAUAUGGGUGAAACAAUUGUUUGUCCAUCAUCAUAUAAUUCAAUAUUAAAUGGAUGUUAUAAAAUGAAUAAUGGAACUAAUUUAACAUGGUCUGAUGCACGGCAAUAUUGUAUUAAUGAUACAAGUGCAAACUUGACCAAUAGAACAGGCUAUACUACUCAUCUUGUUGCAUUUGAAUCGGUUGUUGAAACAACAUCAUUAGUUUAUUGGAUGAAAGCUUGGGGUAUUGAAAGUCAAUUUUGGACGGAUGGUGUUGCUGCAUCAUCAUCAUGGAAUUGGUCAAAUCAAGCAAUAUCAUGGUAUUUUAAUGCAAGUGAUCAAUUAAUUGAUGGUAAUGCAUCAAAUUAUCGAAUCGUUUAUAGUAAUACUGUGAAAACAUAUCAAGUAGUUGAUGAUAUGAAUAGCAAAUUAUCGCAUUUUAUUUGUGAAUAUCAAGAUCGAUGUUCAACAAAUAAUUCAUGUUUAAAUAAUGCGACAUGUUACUUAAAUGUUGGACGAGAACUUUGUAUUUGUUCACCAGGAUAUACAGGAACUUAUUGUGAUCAAGAAAUUGAUGAAUGUUUAUCAUCACCAUGUCAACAUGGUGGAUCAUGUACUAAUGCUCUGAAUAAUUAUACAUGUGAUUGUUCAAAUGUAUUUUUUAGUGGACCAAAUUGUGACAUACCAAAAGUAGAUCCAACACAAGGACAACGUCAUGCUGCAUUUUGGUCGGUACUUGGUUUUGUUUGUGGUUUAGUUGUACUUUUAACAUUAUCAGAUCUACCAUGGGAUGAUAUUGCAUCUACUAUUGGAUGUCCAUGGUAUCGUUUUAAAUGUUGUUCAUAUGAUGAAGAUGAUGAUAAUGAUGAUGAUAAUCGUGUAAAAAAUUCUAAUUCACCUAUGAAUGAACAAGAUGCAGAAGCAAACCGAAGUUCAAUGCCUAAUAAAACGGUAAAAGGAGUUAAUUAUCAUGUUAUGAAUACAGUAUGGGAUCCUGAACAUGUACGUACUGAAACUCCAUCAAAUCCUCAAUAUAAUGGAUAUCAUUCACCUGAUCAACAUACAACACCAAAUAAUGCACUUAUUCAAUCAUUUGCUGCUGUUGUUCUAGCAAAACAAAAAGAAAAAGAAUUAGAUGAUAAACGUGUUUACGCUGUUGAUAUCGUUCAACAAAAUGAUACAGCAUUAAAAGCAAAACGUCCACUUGAUACAAUGACUAGUUGGACACAUCAAUUACAAGAACAAUUAAAAAGUAAACAAGCUCGUCCAACAAGUUCAGGUUCAACAAACGAAUUAAUUCAAUCAGAAAAUAAAAAUAAUAAUUAA